CGCAGUCCGCGCCCUCCACAAAGAUGGCGCCCGACCGGAAAGGGGCAACCGGGGUCACCUCCGGCCGGGCGACGCGCCGUGCGCCUCGCUUCCGGCGGCGCUCCGAGUGACGUAGGCGAGCGCGCCGCGCCGCGUGUGCCGAGGACGGUGCGGGACGCAUGGAGGUCAGCGGUGGCGCGCGCGGUGGCGGCGGCGUAGGUGUCCGGGCAGCCCUGGAAUCACUUGCUAGGAGUCCCACUUCCCUGCCACCCAGGCCAUCAUGGCGGCUCGCCUGGUGAAGCGAUGCUCGUGCCUCCUGAGAGACGCCACUUGUCUGGUCCCGACGGCAUCUCCAGUCGGCCGACUGACACUUGCCAGGGUGGCCCAUAAGUCUCUGACUUCCUCAGCUACCUCUCCAAGUUCCCCCCUCCCAGGCCCCUUGUCGCAGCAUGUGGAGAAGCCACAUGUGUUUACUCCCUACCCCGAGCGCCAGGAGGUGGACUCGCUCAUCGAGAAGGCCACUGUGCCGGAGCAGCUCCUGGAGCUGGUUGGGGAGGGUCACUGCCUGCACCACCACCAUGCGGCGCUCGCGCUCAUCCAGCUGUCGCGCCUGCUGUCUGACAAGCCAGCAGACAAAGCCCGGCUCCUGCAGGAGGCCCGCUUUCAGCAGCUGCUGCAUCUUGUGAACAGUCAGAUAACUGCAGUCUGGCACGGGACCCUCGUGAAGCUGCUCCGGAGCCUGUAUGCGCUGGAGGUGCCGGCGGCGUCCAGGGAGCUGCGGUCAGUGGAGCAGGAGGUCCGCUGGAGAAUGCGCAGGCUCAAGUACAAGCACCUGGCCUUCUUGGCUGAGUCCAGUGCCGCCUGCAUGCAGGAGCGGGGCUCCCAGGAGCUGCUGGCUGAGCUGCUGCUGCACCUGGAGCGGCGCUGGGCAGAAAUCGACGACGGCCGCACGCUGGUGGCCAUCUUGGUGAAGACCGGGCACCUCUCGGAGUCGCUGAUGAACCGCCUGGAGGACAAGUGCCUGGAGCUGGUGGAGCAGUUCGGCCCUGAGGAGCUGCGCAAGGUGCUGGUGGUGCUGGCGGCUCAGAAGCGGCGGUCGGUGCCCUUGCUGCGGGCCGUCUCGUACCACCUGGUCCAGAAGCCCUUCCCCCUGACCAAAGGCGUUCUCCUGGACCUGGCCUACGCCUACGGCAAACUCGGCUUCCACCAGACGCAGGUGUUCCAGCGCCUGGCCGCCGACCUGCUGCCCCAUGUGCCCAGCCUCACGUCCGGCGAGGUGGCCCGCUGCGCCAAGUCUUUCGCUUUCCUCAAGUGGCUCAACCUGCCCCUGUUCGAGGCCUUUGCCCAGCACGUCCUGAGCAGGGCCCAGACCAUCAGCCUGCCACACCUGUGCAAUGUGCUCCUGGCCUUCGCCCGGCUGAACUUCCGUCCAGAGCAGGAGGAACCCUUCUUCAGCCUGGUGCACGAGAAGCUGGGGUCGCAGCUGACCAGCCUGGACCCAGUCCUGCAGGUGGACGUGCUAUGGGCCCUGUGUGUGCUGCAGCAGGCACGGGAGGCCGAGCUGCAGGCCGUGCUGCACCCCGACUUCCACACCCGCUUCCUAGGCAGCGGGUCCCCGAAGGACCAGGGCACCUUGCAGAAACUGCUGCAUGUCAACAGCACCGCGCGGCUGGAGCACCCUGAGUACACGGGCCCCCUGCUGCCCGCCUCAGCCUCGGUCCCCAGGCCGUCGGCCAACAGGAAGGUGACGCCCUUGCAGAAGGAGCUGCAGGACACGCUGAUGGGGCUGCUGGGGACCCCCGAGAGGGGCAGCUUCAUGGUGGUCACCCAGUACGGCUGGGUCCUGGACGCUGAGGUGCUGCUGGACACCGACGGCCAGUUCCUGCCCCUGAGGGAGUUUGUGGCCCCCCACCUUGCCCCACCCUCUGGGAGUCAGCCGCUGCCCCCUGGGGCCAAGAGGCUGGCCUUCCUGUGCUGGGAGUUCCCCAACUUCAACAGCCGAAGCAAAGACCUGCUGGGCCGCUUCGUGCUGGCACGGCGGCACGUGUUGGCCGCCGGCUUCCUGGUGGUGGACGUGCCCUACUACGAGUGGCUGGAGCUCAAGUCUGAGUGGCAGAAAGGCGCCUACCUCAAGGACAAAGUGCGGAAAGCAGUGGCCGCGGAGCUGGCCAAGUGACCUGUGCCCCAGCGUGGGCCCUGGGCAGCAGGAGGUGCCCCCCCGGGGCAGGCCUCAGCCAGGAGGGGGCGGGCCAGCAGCUCUGAGCGGCAGGCUGCCCUCCCGUGGGUAAUAAAUCUUUAGUUUUGGUUUUCAACACCA